AUGGCCGAUGAGAGCCAACAACGAGCCGUAAACACGGCAUUUGCGCCCCCACCACCCUUAUGGAAACACUUUACGCGCGAGAAUAUCGACAAGGUGGAGCAGAUCAAAGCUGAAGCUUCCAGGGGCGAAGAUGGGCGAUUGAAUAAGAACAAGCAAUGGUCACCAGCGGAAUUGCGCGCUCUAGAGAUCCCCCCAGAGCUUCGGUACCUGGUGCCGCCCGACAUCCCUGAAGGACAGUACAGCGUUUUUGGAGAAUUGCAAACCCUUUCUACAGCAUUGCCAUCAUUGCAAGAGCAAGGAAUCGAACAGCUGUAUCCAGAACCCUCAACCGGUACCGAACAGGAGUCGCAGCCCUCGCCCCCUCUCAAUCACGCAUACUACCUUCUCAAGAUCAGCAAGUCCCUGCUCCUUAAUUUCCUAGAGUUUACCGGUAUCUUGUCGGUUUCGCCGGAACAAUUCGAAUCCAAGGUCGAAGAUCUGCGCAACUUAUUCAUCAAUGCGCACCACCUUCUCAACCUCUACCGUCCUCACCAAGCCCGCGAAUCACUCAUCAUGAUGAUGGAAGAGCAGCUCAACCACAGCCGAGAGGAAAUGAAACAAAUGGACAAAGUCAAAGCGGAGGUUGAGGACGUACUAGAGCAGUUGCAAGCGGAGGGCAACCGCGUGGCUGCUGCUGGGCCAGGAGAGGAUACCGACCAAGCCAAAGCGCUGAAAGAAAAGGCCGAUGAGCACUCUCGGUUAAUCUGGGAUCUACUGGACAAAGAAAACUGA